AUGGGCAGCUACCCCGAGCCGUAUCCAGGAAACGGCAUGUUCAAGUCCUUCACCAAGACCUGGCACAGCAAGUCUUAUCCCCAGAUCUCGCCCACCCGCCCGGAGCUUGGGGCCACCGGCAAAGUGGUGUUCAUUACGGGCGGCGGUAGUGGCAUCGGCAAGGCCACCGCGAUCGCCUUCGCACAGGCCGGUGCCAAAGCCAUCGCCAUCUUCGGGCGGCGCGUCGAGAGACUGAAGUCGGCGGCCGAGGAAAUCCGCAACGCCAACCCCCAAGGGACCACCACGGUGGUGUUCGAGGGCGUUGAUUUGAGCCAGCGUGCGGCUGUGGACGCCGCCUUCGCCAGCGCUGCCCAGCAGGCCGGCGGAGCCCAGAUUGACGUCUUCGUCAGCAACGCUGGCAUCCUCCCGACGGUCGGCCCGGUCACCAGUUACGACGAGAAGGAUUUCCGCCACGGCGUGGAGCUGAGCAUGUUGGCCGCCUUCAACGCGAUCCAGGCUGUGCUGCCCCUACUGGCGCCCAAAGCCAAGGUAUUGGACGUCACGUCGGGCAUCGCACACAUCAACGCCGUGCCCGGGGUCUGGGUCUACGCGGUAGUCAAGGCGGCAAACACCAAGAUGUUCGACUACCUGCAGGCCGAGAAUCCGGACUUGCAUGUUUUCAACGUCCAGCCUGGCGUCGUGACGACCGAAAUCAAUACCGUGAUGGAAGGGCAAGAUGAUGUCGAACUUCCCGCUCACUUCCAUGUUUGGCUUGCCUCUCCUGAAGCCGAGUUUCUCAAGGGAAAGUUCGUGUGGGUCAACUGGGACGUGGAUGAACUGAAGGCUCAGGCCGACGAGCUCAAGGACUCACUGCUCCUGAGGGUGUUGUUGCACGGUGUGCCAAUGUAG